CUGUUCCUGCGGCUUAUUACAGAAUCUACGUCACAGAAUAUACCGGCAGCUAGCCUAUAUCGUGACAGCCGGACUGUGUCGGCUUAUAGCCUACAAAUUCUACCAUCUAGCAUAGGCGGCUCACUUAGACGAUAGCCAUGCACAAUACAAUGAUCGGCUCAACUGGCAUAGACCAGGAUAACCACAUGGCUCAUGACAACUCAUAUUCCAACGAACAAUGGGUCGACAUGAGCGCCUAUACCCAUAUGGCCAUGACGACUUAUCCCGGCGACUACUAUAUUCCACCGGCGACUCAUGGAUUGCCAUCCGAGUCUAUCGGCAUGGCUCCUCCACCUAUUCCGCACCAUAUGCAUAAUCAACCGCACAACAACUUUGCAAGUCAUCUUCCGCAUCCGUUGAUAAUACCAACACAGCAGCCUUCCCAGGUUCCAUGGCCAAGUCUCCGGACGAACCCCUCUCAGAGCUACUCAGCACCUCCUGUACCAAUCCCUCCGGCAUCGGCUCCUGUGAGACAGCCACCGAGAUUGCCAACGAUCAAUACGUCGCAGCCAAGGAAGACCUUGACGGACGAGGAUCGUCGUAAUAUGUGCCUCUUCCACGAGGACAAUCCCCAUGCUAAGCAGACAGAGAUUGGUCAAAAAUUUGGUGUUGAGCGAAGGUAAGGUUGAUAGGCGUUAAACCAAGUCACAGUCGCUAACGUUAUCCUGGCAGCACGGUGUCGAAGGUAUUACGAAGGAAGGAACUUUACCUGAAUCUAGACAGUUCGGGUGG